AUGGAACCUCUGGUUUCAAGGUACCCUUUUCUCUUCUCCUUGUUGUACUUUACUGCUGUUUCUCUUCUUUCUCCAGUUAGAUCAGGCGAUGCUGAGGCUCUUUUAACCCUCAAAUCAGCCAUUGAUCCUUUAAACUCCCUCUUCUCAUGGCAACUAGGAACCAAUGCGUGCAAAUGGCAAGGAGUCAAAGAAUGCAAGAAUGGAAGGGUCACAAAGCUUGUUGUAGAGUACCAAAACCUGAGUGGUACUCUAGAUGCCAAAAUCCUGAAUCAAUUAGACCAAAUUCGAGUCUUGAGUUUCAAAGGGAACUCACUUUCAGGCCAAAUUCCAAAUCUUUCUGGCCUUGUCAAUCUCAAAUCUCUCUUCCUUAACAUCAACAACUUCUCUGGUGGUUUCCCAGAUUCCAUUACAGGCCUACACCGCUUAAAAGUCAUAGUUUUAGCUCAAAACCGAAUCUCUGGUCCAAUCCCUGUGUCACUCCUCAAACUCAGUCGUUUGUAUGUUCUUUACUUGGAAGAUAAUAAGUUCACAGGUGCAAUCCCUCCUUUGAACCAAACCAGUCUAAGAUUCUUCAAUGUGUCUAACAAUCAAUUCUCUGGUCAAAUUCCUGUGACCCCAUCAUUGAUUAGAUUCAACACAUCUUCAUUCAUUGGUAAUCUCAACCUUUGUGGUGUACAGAUUCAAAGCCCUUGCAGCAAUCCAAAUCCAGGGCCAUCUUUAAGUCCAUCUCAUCCAACGUCAAAACCAUCCUCCAAACGUAGCAAGAUAAUCAAGAUUGUAGCAGCAAGUGUCGGUGGAUUUGUGUUUCUUAUAAUUUGUGUACUUUUGGUAUGCUGUUUUUGUUUCAAGAAUGGCCACAAGAAAGAAGGGCCAUCAACAGUAGAGGAGAGAAACAAAGGGGUUGUUGGUGUUGAAAGAGGAGGAGAAGCAUCAGCAGGGGGCGGGGGCGGGGGCGCCGGCAGUGGCAUGGACAGUAAUAAUGGUGGAAGACAAGGUGGGUUUUCAUGGGAGAGUGAGGGCUUAGGGAGUUUGGUGUUCUUGGGUGCAGGGGAUCAGCAGAUGAGUUACAGCUUAGAGGAUUUAUUGAAGGCGUCAGCUGAGACUUUGGGCAGGGGUACCAUAGGGAGUACAUACAAAGCUGUGAUGGAGUCAGGUUUCAUCGUGACCGUUAAAAGGUUAAAAGAUGCAAGAUAUCCUAGGCCAGAGGAGUUUAGGAGACACAUGGACUUGCUUGGUAGGCUAAGGCAUCCCAGCUUGGUCCCACUUAGAGCUUAUUUCCAGGCUAAGGAGGAAAGGCUACUUGUAUAUGAUUAUUUCCCCAACGGCAGUCUGUUUUCUCUCCUCCACGGAACUAGAACUUCAGGCGGUGGAAAACCUCUUCACUGGACUUCGUGCCUCAAAAUAGCAGAGGACUUGGCAACUGGACUACUCUAUAUCCAUCAGAACCCUGGGUUAACCCAUGGAAAUUUGAAAUCCUCCAAUGUUCUUUUAGGCCCUGAAUUUGAGUCCUGCCUUACUGACUAUGGUCUGACCAUGUUCCGAAAUCCAGACUUACUGGAGGAACCCAGUGCCACUUCUCUAUUCUACAGAGCCCCUGAAAUCCGAGACGUAAGAAAACCAUCCACCCAACCAGCUGAUGUCUACAGCUUUGGCGUACUCCUCUUGGAACUUCUAACUGGCAAGACUCCCUUCCAGGACCUUGUUCAGGAGCAUGGUCCAGAUAUUCCUAGGUGGGUUCGAUCUGUACGCGAGGAAGAGACCGAGUCUGGAGAUGACCCUGCCUCAGGUAAUGAGGCAGCGGAGGAGAAACUUCAGGCUCUUGUAAACAUUGCAAUGUCCUGUGUCUCACUCACUCCAGAUAACCGGCCAUCGAUGAGGGAUGUUUUGAAGAUGAUCAGAGAUGCAAGAGCAGAGGCUCAAGUUUCAUCUAAUAGCAGUGACCAUUCACCUGGAAGAUGGUCAGAUACCGUUCAGAGCUUGCCUAGAGAAGAACAUUUAAGCAUUUGA